AGGCGCUGGUAGACGAGUUCCAAAUAUAACCUCUUUGGUUCCAACGAGGUUUCCAGUGCGCUACAUAACCUUGCAAGAAGGUUGAAGGGUGCUAUAAUCCACCAGCCAGUGGAGUAAAAACCAACAAAAAAAACGGAGUUUCCAAUACGGCCAAUAGAGUACCAAUACAAGCACUCGGGACCCGGGAAUCGCCAGUCGGGUCAGUAUAUAACCUCUCUGGUCAACCGUCAAGGCCCAAGGAAGAAUGAGAAACAACAGCUGAUGGUUGCAUACGAUGGCUAAAUUAUAAAUUAUGUAUUAAUCCGUAACUGCCUAAGUUCACUGACGGAUAUACACCUGCCACGCGGAAUGCGCUGCAGCAUGUGUAAAAAGCUCGAGAUUCUCCGUGCCUUCGAUGUGCACAGGUUAUGGGGGUACUGAUUCCCAUACGAGAAAUGCAAAGGUAAACGUCUCCUGCGGAACGUACACAUUCGACGAAAGUGGUGCGUCUUAUGGUGGAAGUGGAGCGGUGCUUCACGACGGGACACCAUGGCCAGGCAACUGACGCGACGGUUGAGCUGCGUCGCGAGUCUUCUGCUGAGAGGCCUCGAGCCGCUGUACGCCGCAAGCUCGUCCUCCCCUCCGCACAGCAGAAUGCUGUGCAAGCGCGUGGACAUAAUGGACCACACCUGCAAGGUGUCGAAUUACGACGACUACCUCGUGAACUACAACCCCGUUCAGCGGAUCCUGAGGGACACCCUUCGCGAGCUGCUGGGCAUAACGAAAACCAAAGCGAGAAAAAUUGUGGAUGAUUACCCGCAGCUGAAGAAGAGAUCCAGAGCGAAUGUGCUGAACAAUUAUUACAAUCUGAUGGAGGCCGGCAUGCACAAGGGCACCGUCAGGGACAACGUCUGGUUGCUGGCGUACGAGAACAACAAGCUGACGGACAAGCUUAACUGCAUCAAGGCUCUAAAUAUGGACAACAAUCAGCUGAUACCGUGGCUACACCUCACCCAAAAGGAAUUGGCCAAUUAUGUACUGUACGUUCAGCAAGACAUGGAUUCUUAUACGUUUAACAGAAUGGAAUACCUGUCUUAUAAAUUAGAGUGCAGCAUACAACAAUUAUGUGAAGUGACAGUGUUGAAUUCAUUCCUAAUGAAAGUUCCAGUUUCCUCUAUAGACAAAAAAUUGAACAUACUGUAUGAAUAUAAUGUAAGUAACAAGGAUAUACUGAAAGACGUAUGGGUACUUCGAUAUAGUGAAAAUCAUAUACGUAACAGAUGUGAAUUGUACAAAGAGACAGGAAAGUUAAAGAUAAAAACAUGGGCCAUACGAUGUCCGCUUAGAGUUAUAUCAAGGGCCAUUCAAAGGAAUAAGGUGGAAAGUAGCUUGAUGCAAAAUUAUGGAAAUAUUAACGACUAUUUGCAAGAUAAAUUGAAAGUCAAUGAAGAACAGCUCAAUUUAGCGAUCAAGAAAGUGCCAGGUGUUUUACGGGUGAAUGUAGCGAAAUUGGAUCGAUUAAUCGAUAUACUACAUCAGAAUGGCAUUACUAGCGACGAAAUGUUACGAUAUGCCCGAAUCUUUUUUUUCAACGUAGAAACUAUACAGUAUCGAAUUGAGGCUUUAAAGACGAAUCGUCUUAUUCCAACUGUUAUUGUGCUAAUAAAGGAUGAACAAACCUUUGAACAGUAUAUAGAUACGAAUGUUGAACGGCGGAAAUUUUUGGAAGAAUAUGGAAGCGUUAAGAAUUAUUUAAUCAACAAACUGGAUGUGGACGAAAAGCUUUGCGACAGAGUAACUGCGAAAUAUCCGUCUAUCUUACGGAUAAAAGUAAAAAAGUUACUUGAAUUGACCGAUAUGCUGCGACACUAUGAUAUAGCGGGUGAAGACAUAAUGAGUCAUCCAAAAAUUUUUCACUUCAAUAUUGAAACGUUGCGUAAGCGAAUUGAAUUAUUGAAAGCGAACGGUAUGCCAUUGAGAAUCCCUUUAAUAAUAUCGAACAAUGUAUCAAGGAAAGUUAGAUCGAUUGAGGACAUUCAGAUCAUAUAAUUAAAUUACUGUAAUAUGUAAAGAGAUUAAUGUUCAUUAAAUUUAUUUCUGUAAUGUAAAUUAUUUUUAUAACGCGCCAACGUGCUGGAAAACAAAAACGUGUGUAUGUGUGUACAUAAAAACAAAUUUCAAAUGCACGGCAAAUAUGAUAUGAGAAGAAUGUGUGAGCAAACGAAUUUGAACUAUAUUAUUAAUACAAAUGUGAAAUAUAUCGAAUAAAGUACAUUGGUCAUCGUUUAUAUUAAUAAUGUAGCAUUUUUAUGUGAUUUUGAUACACUCGUAAGACAGUAUCGGGUUCAUUUAUUUCUUAUCUUUCGUGAUCUGUGAUUAAAUUUAAUGAUUAAAACAAGUAGUUUUGCUAAGUGAUGCUUUAUUCAAUUUCCAUCUCUUUGGCUACAUACUUUAUUUUUAUUAUUCCAUUCAUCAAUACACAUACAAUGG